AUGUCGCAGAAAGACCACGAACACACCGUUAAUUUACUGGCGAUUUUGAUCUUGUCCCGGGGAAAAUGCGGACUUUCCAAAUGCAUCACCCGUUACGUAGUGGGAAUGGCAACAGCUGAUUUAAUGGGCAUUGUUUUUGCUGUUGUACUGGAGCAGAUCAAUAAUAUUUAUGCUAGCUUUUUGCUCAUUACUCCGAUUUGCACCGUGACACUUGUCCUGAGGCUCGCAACCAUGGACUGUUCUGUUUGGCUCACGGUGGCUUUCACGUUCGAUCGCUGCAUCGCAAUCUGCAGUCAAAAGCUGCGGGAACAAUAUUGCACCGAGAGAAUAGCGACUGUGGUGAUAGCAAUUGUGGGUGCAGGAAGCUGUGCGAGGUGCGUUCCAUUUUACUUUAAAGUGGACCCUUUUGCUAUCAUUAACAACGUACCCUGGCGCUGCAUCAGCAAACCGGAAUACUUCACGUCUGUAGUGUGGAAAGCCUACCAGUUGUUUAACGGCAUCAUUACACCGUUAUUGCCAAUCGGUCUAAUGCUAUCGUCCAAUGCUUUAACAGUCAGUCAUAUUAUAGCGGCAUACGGAGUCCGCCGGGCACUCCAGAACAGCAGCCAGAAUCAGAAGGACCCAGAGGCGCAGAACCGGAGAAAGUCAAUAAUUUUGUUAUUUGCCCUGUCAGCCAACUUUAUAUUGUUGUGGAUCCCCUUUAUUGUAUAUACCAUGAACUGGCAAGUGCAAAAUUAUUUCUACACAGAUAGGUAUUUGAGUACCCCGACAUAUAUGCUGCAACAGUUUGGGCUGAUGUUGCAAUUUCUCUGUACCUGCACCAACACGUGCAUCUACACACAGUCGCAGAGGAAAUUCAGAGAGGAGCUGAAGAAUGGACUGAAAUAUCUGUUCACGCUGAAUGGACGGCUUUAUACAUAA